UCUUCGAAGAUCGCGUAAAUUAAAUCGGAGUUUGAAAUCGACAUGAAGUUUGACGAUAUUCUUAAAGAUGUUGGAGAAUUUGGAAAAUAUCAAAAGUUUGUGUAUUUUCUUUUAUGCAUUCCCUCCUUUGCGUGUGGAUUAUUCAUGAUGCAUUUGGUUUUUGUCAUGGAAACACCGAAUUACAGAUGCAAACUUACCGACUAUCCGGGGGAUACAUACUCUAUCCAGAAUAGUGAGCAUCAGCGAUUGGUGGAUAUGUCUAUUCCGAGAGACUCUGAAGGAAGUUACCGCAAGUGUGACUUCUAUUCAUACGCUUCAAAUUUCAAUGUAACGGCUUCAAUGCACACUUAUAACGGGACGGAACUUCAAAAUUUUACAAUUGGUGCAAAUGCAACAUUACAGACAUGUUCCGAAUGGGUCUAUGAAAAAUCUAUUUUCAAAGAAACGUUCACCUCAGAGCAAAACCUCGUUUGUGACGAUGCGAUUUUAGUGUCGCAUUCCAGGAUGGUGUUUUACUUUGGUGUUUUGGUCGGUGACGUCGUUUUUGGAUGGUCCUCGGACAGGGUAGGGAGGAAAAUCAGCAUGUACAUUGGAUUCCUGCUGCUUAUUGUCAGCGCGUUUGCAGUCAGCUGGGCACCAGAAAUAAUCAGUUUUACAGUCUUAGAAUUCAUAAUCGGAGCAACAAAUCAUGGCGCUUUUCUGUGCACAAAUGUUCUUGGCCAGGAACUGGUUGGACCAUCGAAGAGGAAGUACACUGGAACUAUCCAGCACAUGUUUUUCUCUCUUGGACUGGUGUACCAAACAGUUGUAUAUUACUUAUCACGUGACUGGCAGAUUUCAUGUAUUGUACUCGCAGCGUCUUGUCUCAUUAUCAUUCCACACUGGUGGUUGGUUCCUGAAUCCCCGAGAUGGCUGAUAAGCCAAGGUCGCCAUGAAGAAGCCAAUGUCAUCCUACAGAAAAUAGCCAAAGUGAACGGAACCAAGGUGUCACCAGAGAGUGUCAAGAGUCUUAUCAUAAAGAAAGAAAAGACAGGAAGUUUUAUGGACCUUCUCAAAAGCAAGACAAUGUGUCUUAGAGCAGCUAUAUUGAGUUUCAACUGGUUGGCAGUUUGUAUGACGUACUAUGGGGUGACAUUGAAUGCAGGAAACAUCGGAAACUUUUACUUAAACUUUUUCCUGAUGGGCCUUGUGGAAUUUCCCGGCAUUCUGUGCACUAUUUUCUUACUAGACAGAAUAGGGCGUAAAAAACUACAUUUAAUAUUUAUGGUGGGAGGAGGAAUAGCAUGCCUUUGUACCAUAUUUACAGUGACAUUCGCCAGAGAAACAUUAAGACCACUGACUGUUGCUCUGGCAGUGAUUGGUAAGCUGGCUUCCUCUGCUGCUUUUGUGGUUGUUUUCAUAUUCACCGUCGAACUGUUUCCAACCGUAAUUAGGAACAUCGCUCUAGGAACAGGUUCUUGUUUUGCCAGAGUUGGAAGCAUGGUUGCACCAUAUUUUGUCACCCUCGGUAUGACUAUAGAAGGCUCCCUUGGGGAGGCUUUACCCCUGGUUAUUUUUGGUGCUGCCUCUGUUGCUGCUGGCAUUAUGUGCCUUUAUUUACCAGAAACAUUGAACCAGAAAUUACCAGAAACCAUAGAAGAUGGAAUCAAUUUUGGAAGAGUCCAAAAGUCAGCUGUGGUAGAUAGAAAUGGAAAAGACGAAACGGAGAGAAAUCUUGUUGCAGACAAUAUAGAAAAUGAUCAACUUUAAAGCACUCUUGAUCGAAAUUUGAAAAACCGGUGCUACAACGAAGGAAUUUUGAAAUCUAUUCUACAUUCAUAAUAAUGCGUCAUAUCAUGUUUUUCUUUUUCACACACAUUUGUAGCGAAGGUAUCGUUAACAAUUGAGGAAAACGUUACUCCACUGAGUUGUCCAAUGUUUAAUAAAAGAAGCCGGUUGACAACUAGUAGAAGCUUGUUUACAGAUAAUGAAGAUAUAUAAAUCUUGCAGAAAAUAAA